CAGCGCAACUCUCAGCUUGUUACUCCAACUCGUUCGCCGUUGCACUGGAGAACAAACUCUCAAGCAUAGCCUUUUGCUCCAUUUCUACUGGUAUCUAUGGGUACCCAAUUGAGGAUGCGACGCACAUUGCUCUAGAAACCACGAGAAACUUCCUUGAAGAAGAAGGGGGAGAGAAAGCGAAGAGCCUCGAAAAGAUAGUUUUCGUCGUCUGGAGCGACAAAGAUAAAGGGGUGUAUGAGGCUCUUUUACCUGAGUAUUUCCCGGAGACAGCAGAACAAGAGGGGGAACCAGACGAACCAGCACCUAAAGGACAGGCUGAAACUGUCUAA